AUGGCCCACAGCUUCCACGGCACUCUCAUCCACUCCAUCUCCCCCUCUACCCUUGAAAUCCUCGCCAACACCCUUAUCGUCGUCUCGUCGUCCGGAACCAUCCUUUCCAUCCACCCGUCCACCGACCCGGACGACAUCCCCUCGCUCCUCUCCCCCCACCACCUCACCCCAUCCACCUGUCCCACGCUAUUCCUCUCAUCCUCUCAAUUCCUCUGCCCGGGCUUCAUCGACACGCACACCCAUGCACCGCAAUGGUCCCAACGUGGUCUCGGCCGCGGCCUACCCCUCCUCGCCUGGCUUGAAACCCUCACCUUCGCCAACGAAGCCAAAUGCGCAUCUCCUGACCACGCCACAAAACUCUACACCUCAUGCGUCCGCGGCGGUCUCAACCAAGGCAUCACCACAGCAUGCUACUACGGUUCGCUGCACAAAUCUGCCUCAUUGAUCCUCGCCCGCAUCUGUCUCCAACUCGGGCAACGUGCCCUGAUCGGUAAAUGCAAUAUGAACCGCCACGCACCCUCCUGGUACACCGAGUCCUCGACCGACCAAUCUCUCGUCGACACUGAGUCCUUCAUCCACGAACUUCAAGCCCUCGACCCCAUCCACAAUCUCAUCACCCCCGUGUUAACACCUCGCUUCGCCAUUUCUUGCUCCCCUGAUCUUCUCUCCGGACUCGGUGAUCUGGCCCGGAAACACCCCCAUCUCCCUAUUCAAACCCAUUUCAACGAAUCCCGCGCCGAAAUUGACUUCACGGCCUCUCUAUUCCCCACCUUCACCUCGGAAACCGAGAUCUACGAAUCCUUCCAUCUCCUCACCAACAAGUCGAUUCUCGCACACGCCAUAUUCCUCAAACACGGGGAGCUGGACCGACUCAGACAAUUGGAUUGUGGCAUCGCGCAUUGUCCUGUCUCGAACACCUGCAUGGAUGAAUACAUGAUUGCGCCGGUGCGAGAGUAUCUCGAUGCCGGGAUCAAGGUCGGACUGGGCACUGAUUGCGGCGGCGGCUACACGAGUAGUAUGUUGGAGGUUAUGAGACAGGCGUAUUUGGUUUCCGUGGCGCGGAAGACCAUCUCCCAGGGUAAGGGUGAGGCGUUGUCGGUCGAUGAGGGAUUUUAUAUGGCCACGUUGGGAGGAGCCAGGGUUGCGGGUUUGGAUGCUAAAGUUGGGAAUUUCGUUCCCGGAAAGGAACUGGAUGCCCUGUUGGUUAGUGUGGAUGUGGAUGGGGUCAUGGCUGAUGUGGCCGAGGGAGAGAGCCGUAGAGAUGUGUUUGAGAAGUUUGUUAUGACCGGGGAUGAUCGCAAUAUUGUCGGGGUUUGGGUGAGAGGAAAGAGAGUCAAGUAA